CUUUCUUCCUGCAGCUGCGGACGACCUCAUAGACACGCUGAAUGAGCUUCAGUGCACUCAUAGCGUCUUGUUUGCCGGCUCGCAAACUUCGACACACAUGGCUAUCCGGUCCGCCGCCCUUCUGCGCCGACAUCACAUGACAACAACGGGUACGGUAAUUCGAAACGACGCAGAGGACGACUAUGACUUCACCCCCUCCGUCUACAUCAAAAUCAGGGCGGUCAGCGGGACGGAGCUUCUGCGGAGGUACAACGCCCUCGGAUCGCGGGUGUCACUUUGCUUGCCCGACAGCGACGCCCUCACAACGACCUGGAGUGACGAUUAUCGGCUCAGAAUGGAAGUUCCGGCGAUACACGAAGCACUUCUUCGCAUGGCGACUUCCUCAAAGGCGCGGCCAACUUGCAAUCGCUACAAGAUAAGGCGCUUCGCGAAGUGCAGCGGGCGGUGUGACUCCGGUAUCCGUCGCACUUCCACCUCACUAACACCGGCGACAAGCAGGCGAGCUCGCCGUGUUGCGCUCAAUGAUGCUCUCCGACUUGGAACAGAACCGUUCUCAUGUUCAUAUCGCCAGCAGGAUAGGAGCGGCCAUGUCCCUUGUGUCGCCACGGUUCCCCGACACCGCUUCAUCUGCAUCGCCUCCGAUGACGCGAUAUCCACGGCGACCUUAGACACAGACAUUGCGCGGUGCAAUAUACCGACACCAAGCUUCCCGCAGAACAGCGACCUGCGUCUGGUUUGGUACAUCUUGGGCAGCCAGCGGCCAUUGGGGUGGCCGCGACAGCACCGUUUCUGCGCUUCGACACCUCCGCUCGCGUCACGCCGAUAAUCCAGAGCGCGCAGCAGGGCCGCAUAGCUGCCCGGCACGAUAGCUUUCAGCAGCUUUGGAACGACGAAGGAAUUCUUCUGCGUCACUCAAAGCCACAUGAUACCUCCGCUAGACUCCUGGGGGUUGCGCAGAGGCGGGGCACGAACAGACAGC